UGUUCCGUUUAUCUUUCCUUCCUCUGCUCCUUCCCCAAAAUUUCCCCAAAUUCUUCGCCGGGAAAACCAGUAGAGCAUAUCAGAAACGCACAACGAGAGAAGCAAUGGAUCAAUUCGGUGGAGGAAUGGGAGGAGGUGGAGGGUGGACAAUGAUCCCAAAUAUGACUGCCCACGCAAACUCCCCCGCGCAUUCGAAUCAAGACCAGUACUUCCUCCAUCAGCAACCUACGCCGCCGCCGCAGCAAUUCAAUCAGUUUCAGCAGCAAUCACCGCAGCAGUUAGUCCAGCAACAAUUCAAUCAACAACAAUUUCAACAGCAGCAGCCACCACCACCACCUCAACAACAACAACAACAACAACAGUUUCAGCCGAUGCAGUCGCCGCCACAGCGUUUGAUUCAACAGCAGACCCCGCCUCAGCCUCCGCCGCAGCAAUCGCUGGCAUCCCAUUUCCGCCUUUCCCCUCUGGUGGAGAAAUUGGCUGAUGCUGUUGAGAAUGGGACUCGUGAUCCGCAGUCUGAUGCUUUGGUUAAUGAGUUGAACAUUCACUUUGAGAAGUGCCAGCAGCUGUUGAACUCCAUCUCCAGCUCAAUCAGCUCCAAGUCUAUGAGUUUCGAUUCACAUAUGGUUUGGAUGUUUGGAAUGGAGACUGUUGAAGGGCAGGAGAAAAAGUUGGAAGAAACUGAACAGUUGCUUGAUCAACGAAGGGACUUGAUUGGCAACUACAAAAACUCUGUCGAAGACCUUAUCAAGUCCGAUCCAUGACUACUUAGUACUUGCUGAGACCUAACAAACAAGGUAUGAGAUGGAAAGUUUUGUUCGUUUUUUGGAAAUGAGAUGAUUUAGGAUGAUGUAUUGAAGAAUGAAUGAAUGACUUUGUGUCCGGUUUCGAACCAAAAGCUAACUGCAAAGGUUGUGAACGAUAUAGAAUCUCUGCCUUUUUGUCAUCGACUCUUCCAUUUCCUCGCUGUUUGGGUUUGAUUUGCAGGUGAGGUCAUAAGAUGAGCAAUCUCACAUGAACAAACCAAGUCUUGGAAGGAGAGGACCAGUUGUCUUUCCUGUUGUUCGCUUACAACGGUUAAAGAGCCACCAGCGUUCAUUUUGUUUGUGUAGUAGUAAACAGGAGGUCUGACUAAAUGGAAAUGUAGAACGAAGAUCAAAUGCUGUAGAAAUUUUAUUUACAUGUGUGUAGUAAUGAUAGCUUGGAGUUGUACUCGAGAAAUAGAUGGUAUUCUGCAUUAUUAUGUUCUGGUAGUCACUGAUGGAUACUCUUCCGGCAAGGAUUGUUAUCAAACUCACAUUAUAUGUAGGGAUGUCGAUUUUGACCUGAUCCGUUUUACCCGAUCUAUCUGGUCUGUUUUGGGCGGGGCGGGCAUGGGUAAUCAUCUCGACUUGACACGCUCUGACCCGUUACAUUAUCGGCUCGUUUUUGCCUAAGUUGCAUAUAAUUUUAAGCAAAUUAUUUAGAACUUAUUUUUAUUGUCU